AUGGAGAAGCCAGAUAUCGAGCCUCGCGUCGCCGAAUCCUUGAGUAGCGACUUCGAUCCAGCCUUGGAGAAGAAGUUGCUGCGGAAGUUGGACUGGCGCAUCAUCCCUGCGCUAUGGUUCCUGUUCCUCGUGUCAUUCAUGGACCGAUCGAACAUCGGAAAUGCCAAAAUCGCUGGAAUGGUUAAAGAGCUGCAUAUGGUCGGAAAUGAUUACAAUGUCGCCGUUACAAUGUUCACUGUCGCAUAUGUGAUUUUCGGAGUGCCCGCCAAUCUCCUGGUGAAGAAAUUCGGCCCCAGAAUGCUGGUCAUCUACAUGUUUACCUGGGCGGAUACGCAGGGUGGCGAUGACGCGAACUUCUUGACACCCGAGGAGAAGGCGUUACUGCUGGCUCGCCUGGAGGCUGAUGGUGGUGGUGUCCGCAACGACCCCAUUUCCUUGAAACGUGUAUUCAGUAUGGCAGCCGACUGGAAGAUCUGGAUCUGCGUCUUGGCCUACAUCGGCGCCGAAGAAAGCGCUAGCUCUCUUGUGGCAUUCCAGCCCACCAUCCUCAGGGACCUUGGCUGGACCGCCCGUUCUGCACAAGCGCACAGCAUUCCUAUCUAUGCAGUCGCAUUUGUGCUGACACUUUCUAGUGCCUGGUUGAGUGAUCAUCUCCGACACCGCUUCUUAUUCACUCUCUUCGGCUCGGUUCUGAUCAUUAUCGGAUGGAGCAUUCAGCUGGCGCAUUAUCUGCCAGCGGCUGUCCGCUACAUGGGCAUGUUCUUUGUGGCUUCCGGUGCCUUUAUCAUGAUGUCAAUCACGGUGGUAUGGUUAUGCAUCAACCUCGGCAAGGGAGUCAAGCGCAGUGUAGGUAUGGGUCUGCUUCCAGCAUUCGGCAAUUGCGGUGCCUUUGUAUCCGGGAACGUAUUUAUCACCAGCCAGUCCCCCAAAUAUCCAGUAGGAUUUGGUGUUGGGUUAGGCUUUGCAGUCAUGGCCGGAGUGGCAAGCACGGUGUACUAUUUCGGCUUGCGCGCGGAGAACCGCCGUCGCGACAGCCAGCCCGAGCAGGAGUGGACCCCGGAAAGUGCUCAGGAUCUCGGAGAUGCGCACCCAGAUUUUCGGUUUCACCUGUAG